AAGAAGAAGACGAUGCUGGAAAUCGAUUUCAGCGAACCAGACAAAGCAGAAGGAGAGGAAUUGGAUCUUCAUUUGUCGCCUAAAAUGAACCAUCUGGAAAAGUUGCGAAGUGAAGAGGUUGGUGGUGCUUUAGUCUGCCCGCCAAUCUUUUUGCCUGCCUGCCUCACCCUCUGCCUACCCGCCCUCCGCUUUUCCUGCCUGCCUGCCUGGCUACCUGAUCUCCGCUCUGUCUGCCUGUCUGCCUGUCUGCCUGCCUGCCUGCCUGCCUGCCUGCCUGCCUGCCUGCCUGCUGUCCUGCCUGUCUGGCUUGUCUGCCUGUUCUGCUUCUGCCUGCUGCUGCCUGCUGUGUGCCUGCCUGCUCCGUGCUCUGCCUGCCUGCUGUCUGCGCUGUCCUGUGUCUGCCUGCUGCCUGCCGUGUCUGCUGCCUGUCUGCGCUGUCUGCCUGUCUGCCUGCCUGUUGCCUGCCUGCGCCUGCUGCUGCCUGCUGCUGCCUUGCCUGCCUGUUCUGCUGCUGUCUCUGUCUGCCUGCCUGUCGCCUGCGCUGCUGCCUGCUGCCUGUCUGCCUGUCUGCCUGUUCGCCUUGUCUGCCUGUGCCUGUCUGCCUGCCUGCCCUGCUGCCUGCCUGCCUGCCCUGCCUCCUGCUGCCUGCUGCCUUGCCCGCCCGUCCUUCGGCCGCGGCUGGCCGCCGCGGCGGUCGUUCGUCUUGUGUUAUUGACUGCGGCGUAUCGCGGUGCGGGAUCUGGUCGUUUCGGUCGGCGCGGCCGGUCUCCAGAGGCCGCCCACGCGCAUCGCCCGUCCGCGCGCCAGCCCGGCCCCGCCCGGGCCCGCCCCCGCCGUAUUUUAUUAAAGCGACCUCCCUCCACCCCCGCUUCGCCGGCCCCGCUCGCUACGCGAGGCCGCUCCGGCGAGGCGUCCCCUUUGACCGGGAAAGGAACUCAGUUAUGGUAG